UCCACCGCCGCACACGCGAACCAACCCCGCCCCCACCUACCUUCCGUUACACGCUGCCGCUGCGCGCGCGUCGCCAUGGUAGCAGCCAUGGAGGAAACUUCCAAUGUAGGCUCAGAGGAAACUUUGGCCGUCGUGAGUCCUGCGGGCCAAGCCGCCGUCACAGGGUCGGGCGACGGCACGGACCAUCAGUCCGGUGAACCCGACGCGACGAUUACAAGGCCGCCGCCGCCGUCCCGUAGUAAUAAUUAUGGGGCCGUCGUCAUCGGCGGCACCUUCGACCGCCUGCACCGCGGCCACCACCUCUUCCUCCAGGCGGCGGCGGAGCUGGCGAGGGAGCGGGUCGUGAUCGGCGUCUGCGACGGCCCGAUGCUCGCCAAGAAGAAGUAUGGUUACCUGAUACAACCAAUCGAGACGCGGAUGGAAAAUGUCAAGGAUUAUAUCAAGUCUAUCAAGCCGGAUCUUGAGGUUCAUGUCGAACCAAUCAUCGACCCUUAUGGCCCCUCCAUUGUCGAUGAGGCUCUGGAGGCAAUCGUUGUCAGCAAGGAGACAUUGCCAGGAGCGCAUGCUGUCAACAGGAAGAGGGCCGAGAGAGGCCUCACACAGCUGGAGAUUGAGGUGGUGGAACUAGUGCCAGAGAAGUCUACAGGGAACAAGAUCAGCUCUACAGCAUUCAGAAAGAUUGAGGCCGAAAAGGCACUGCAGCAGCAAAAGCUGGACCAGCAGGAGGAGCAACAAACAGUUCAGCUGGAGUGCAGGACAUAGCCAACCAUCUUAUCAUUGUUCAGCUGGCAGAUUAAUGCAUUGCAAAUCGUGUGCUUACAAGUUCUACUUUACAUGCAUUUUUUUUUACAAAAGAGUAAUAUAUAUACAAAAGGAUAGCAGCAGAGCACUUCUUUGGCUCUUGUAAAAAUGGGUACCAAACUUAAGGAUUACACAAUUUUCUCAAAUCAGCAGAGUUAAAAGGUUUCUUAAUUCUUAA